UUGUUUUGCUGUCAGUUUUGUGUUGUGCGUAGUUGUGGUUGAGUUUCUGAUGGCUUAAUUAUUUAAAUUAUAAUUUUAUUUUUCAAUUCCGUCUGAGUAUUUUGGUUCGAGCUUGACCGAAGAUGGCACUGCUACCACCAGAUCCAAUUUAUACGAUCCGCAAUGUCGAUAACGUGCCUGUUUAUUCACUGGCAUUUAGCUUUUUGCCCGGCGGUCUGGAGAGGUUACUAGCCGGUUCGAAAAAUGGCUAUGUUUAUGCAUACAACCUUCAGACAAACCGUGUGCAGCAGAAAAUCCAAGUUGGUCAAGCUCCCAUAUUGCACCUCAUCCACACUGACUCCCGUCUCAUCACCCAAGAAAAAGGCGGCAAACACAAGGUCUUCAUCUUAACAAACAGCGGUUACAAAGAAGACGCCGUCAUUGACAUUGAUUACCCCGGUUUCUGCCGUUUUGAAGCCAACACAAAACUCGAAACACUAUUUGUACCUGAUAAAGAAUCAAAAAUAUGCAUUUACAAUUUCUCCGGAGAAAAGAUGGGUUCUUUGCAGCCUGAUGACUCUUCACCGAAACUUGGUGACCCGAUGUGUUUAAAGUUCAUUGAAUUUCCAAAUGAUCGCCCCUGUCUGCUGGUGGGCUAUGAAGCUGGGUGGCUGCUGCUAUGGGAUCUCAACACUAGUCAAUGUAUUGGAAAACUAAAAACGAAUCAAUGUCCUAUGUCCAUAGAUUACCACCUCGAACAACAAAGAGGAAUGAUUGGGAAUGUCUCUGACGUUUUACAGAUAUUUAGUAUAGGGAAAAAAGACUUAAGCUUGGCCCAUAAGCUGGAUGUAAACAUUAAAAAUCCGGGCAUCAAUAAAGUACAAACUCGAUCGGACGGCAAGGUGUUUGCUUCAGGGGGAUGGGAUGGUCAUAUCCGUAUAUUUUCUUGGUUUUCCUUGAGACCAUUGGUCGUUCUGACAGAGCAUAAGCAGGCAGUGCAAGAUAUUGUUUAUUCUUCUGAAAAGGUCUCUCUAUGGAACGCCAAUUUGAUGGCCGCCGGGGGGUUAGAUGGUGCUAUAACUCUUUGGGACUUGUAUAAUGCCAAGAAUUAAUUUUUUCUACCUUUGGUCACAGAAAAAUUGUUUGUAUUCGCUUCACUAGCAGCAUAGGAAAGCCAGUGAGUGGGGGUUCAAAGACCUUAUCAGGUUGGUGCAUGUUAUUUCCGACUGGUGGUAAAAGUAGAGUUUUUUUGGGUUUGGCCCGUAUCUAAAAGUGGACUUAAGAUUUUUAGUUUGCAAUGCUAUACUGUUUUACAGGUUCAUUAAAUAACGCUGAGUGUUUAUCAAAAGUAGAAGUAUUACAGCAUCUAAAAUUAAAGAGGAUGUUAGGACUGCCAGUCCAUUGACUCAGAACGAGGCAGCGGUGGGGGAGGCGAGGAAAUAUUGAAGAAUAGGAUUGCAUACAAUCUCUGAUCUGCAAUACUAUUGGUCAAUAUUAUCUGGCAUCUCCGUUCCGCCGCCCAGUCGCUCCGCGUGAAUUGAUAGUAAGAAAAAUUUAUUCAAAUUUAUGCCGCUUGUCUUAGAUAAAUAACUUGUAGUCUAAAAUCUAAGAUCAGAAAAAUCUAAUUUAUUCUUAAACAUACCUUUUAUUGCGGAGCCAUUGACAAUAAGAUAUUAUAAUUCAAUACUGCCCUUAGGCGAGUGCAUAAUUAAUAUGACUUUACCAACAUGAAACAGCAAUGAUUUUUAACAUACACUUUGUGUGUUUUGUUGUUUAUAAAAAAACAUGCCAACUUUAGCUUAUCAAACUGUAUUUUAUAAAUACUGUUUCAUUGCAAACAGGCAUAAACCCUCCCCCUGAUGGUGAGCGGUUACCUGAACAAGUUUUCUGUGACCAAAGUUUUCAGCAUUUUCUAUUGAAAUAAUAGAAAUAUAAUGUAAUUCUGUGACAACUACUUAAAAAAGUGGAAAGAGAAAUGUGUGAAACUUCACAUCUACAGUAUGAAAUUUUACAAGCAUGCCAGUAUUGCCUUUGAAAUUAGUGCCGGAUAGAUAUGGCAAGUAAUGUGAACAGGCCCUAAAUUUAUGUGAUUGUGGAAUUUACCCAUAACUUGUAAGCAAGUGUUGCCAAAUAAAUACAAGUUUACAGUGUAGCUAAAUUAUUUACCUAAAUUUGAGGUGAUGAAAUAGCCAAACCAUCAGAUAAGUUAUGGGACUUGACCCAGGAUAGAUACUAUUUUUUUAAUUAGUUUUUUAGGGCCUGUUAACACACGGAGCCUCUACACCUAUAUUCCCUCAGUAUGGCCAAUCCGGUACUGUUUAAAAUAUAAAUUUAUAAUGAAUCAUCAAUAGAUGCUUUAAAUAAUUUGAAUAUAUAAUUUUUUAUAGAAUGCAAUAUGCCAUUUUAAUUAGGUGUAAUCGGAUCUCAUGAAUUGUACAAAAUGUGGAAUUAGAGGCAUACUAUAUCCAUGUUAUGGCCAAGCGCUUAGUUGUAAGUAAACAUGUUGAAUAUAGCAAUGAAUAUUUUCCAAUGAAUGGUUUUAGUAUAUUUUUCAAAGUCGAGACAUUAAAAGCAUAUGGAACUUU